AAACUACACAUAAGCAUAUUGCUCGGAGCCACAGGCAUCGCCGUCGCCGUCGCCGUCGCCGUCGUCUCCUGCAUUUAUCGCCGCACCGGCGGGCCACCGAGAUCUCGCAUAAGUAGCGGGGUAUCUCGUUCGCAAGGCAAGCAAGGAGGCAGAGAGGAAAAAUCCUCCUCGAUCCACGCCAGCUAUGCCUUCUCCUUCCUCAGCCCAUUGGCUGAGCUUGGUCGGAUGCGUCUGGCUCCAGACGAUCAACGGCCCGAACGCCGACUUCCCCGUCUACUCGUCGCAGCUCAAGGAGGUGAAGGGCAUCUCCCAGGUGCAGCUCAACUUCCUCGCCUUCGCCUCCGACGCCGGGAAGCUCUUCGGCUGGUUCGCCGGGGUUGCCGCUCUGUACCUGCCUCUGCGGCUCGUUGCCGUCGUCGGCGCGUCCUUUGGCCUCAUCGGGUAUGGCGUCCAGUUCCUCUUCUUGGAGAGGUCCGGACUCGAGUACUGGCACCUGUUCCUGCUCACCUCCCUCGCCGGCAACGGCAUCUGCUGGAUCAACACCGUCUGCUACCUCCUCUGCAUCAAGAACUUCCCGUCGGACAGCCGCGUCGUGGUGAGCCUCGCCACGAGCUACCUCGGGCUGAGCGCCAAGUUCUACACCACCAUGGCAGAGAAGAUGCCGCGGGGCGCCACGGCGAGGUACUCCAAGGAGAAGGUAUACCUCCUCCUCAAUGCCGUCGUGCCGAUGCUCGUCACCCUGGUGACGGCGCCGUCCCUCCGGGUGGUCGAGCUCACGAGCCACCGGCGGACCGACCCGGCGUUCCUCGCCAUGUUCGCGGUCACCCUGGCCACAGGAGCCUGCGCCGUCGUGGGCAGCAUCGGCUCCAAGUCCAUCGGGCUCUCGACCAGCGAGCACAUGAUCAGCCUCUACAUCCUGCUCGCCCUGCCGAUACUGAUCCCGGCGGCGCUCAAGGUGCGGGAGAGCAUGGACAAGCUACGGGAGGCAAAGCGGGAGAACCGAGUGCACGACCUCGCCACCACCGUCGUGCCGGAGACGGCCGUGUCGGUGUUCGAGGUGGCCGAGGCGGAGAACAAGGAGGAGGACGCCGGAGAGAGCGGCUACCACGACGAGGUCGGCGGCGUCCGGCUGCUGCGGCGGCUCGACUUCUGGCUCUACUUCUUGAGCUACAUGUUCAGUGGCACGCUUGGUCUGGUCUUCCUCAACAACCUGGGGCAGAUCGCCGAGUCCCGUGGGCUCAGCGACCCGUCCACUCUCGUCUCCCUGUCGUCUUCGUUUGGAUUCUUCGGCCGCCUCCUUCCCGCCUUCCUGGACUACUACACCGCAAAGAGCGGCUACUCGCUGUCAAGGACGGCGUCCAUGGCGUCGCUGAUGGCGCCGAUGGCCGGCGCAUUCUUCCUGCUGCUGGACCCGAGGGACAUGUUCCUGUACACCAGCACGGCGGUGGUAGGCACCUGCACGGGGGCCAUCACCUCGGUGGCGGUGUCGGCGACGAGCGAGCUGUUCGGGAGGAAGAACUUCGGGGUGAACCACAACGUGGUGGUCGCCAACAUCCCCGUCGGCUCGCUCUGCUUCGGCUACCUCGCCGCCUUCCUCUACCAGAAGGAGGCGCGCGGCGGCAACCGCUGCCUCGGCGCCGCCUGCUACCGCGACACCUUCCUCGUCUGGGGCUCCACGUGCGCCGUCGGAACGGCGCUGUGCACCGUGCUGUACACGCGGUCGCGCGGCUUCGCCGGGAGGCUGCCUAGCUCCGGCGAGGUCGACGCCGAGCGCUCGGGAGGGGCCAGCAACUAACUUAAUUAGGUGACCAGAAGCUUCUGCCAUAGAAGCUUAAUAAACUAGGUGCCACGUAAUUAAGUGGAGAAAAAAGUUUACAGCUAGUGAUGAGUAGCAUUUUCUUAUCUUUUUUUUUUCCUCAGGGAAAAUAUUUUGUUUCAUUAGUUUCUUUUCCUAUACUUUCUUGAGUGAUCCCUUCAUGGAUUGGGAAGCUCAAAUUACGUGUACGUAUAUAGAUAUAUAUAAUUAAAAAAGGAAAGGAGAACAUGCAGCUCACUUUUAGUACCGGGAUGUUGCAAAUCACUGUGACUGGACAAAAGCUAGCGAUAAAUUAUUUUUAUCGACUUGGACGGUUUUAAUAUAUUAUUUGUGAUUAUCCAGCAAACUUUUAGUGGAUG